AUGGCGGAAGCAGGGGAUGUCAUCACGUAUCGCGAGGUCACAAUCAUCAAACAUAACCUGGAGACCGGGAAAGCCGUUGUGCAAUUAGGUGACUUUGGCGAAGACGAGGCGGACCUCGUCAUCGGAGCGGAUGGCAUAAACAGUGUCGUGAGGAGGCACCUGCUCGGAAUCGAAAAUUUCUGUCCGCAGUACAGCGGCUACGCAUGGGCUGGCGGGUGCAUGGAUCUUGAAUCAUUUUCAGGACAAGACGAAAGGAAGGAUGCCAUGGUCUUCACGAUCGGCAAGGGCAGCCUUUUCUGUUACUCUACAGGCAGCCGGCACCUGUUGCCUUGGUUGUCUAUUUUCCCCAGAAGGCAACCCUUCCACGGUAGUCCUAAAACCCAGCUUGCUCGCCAGAGAAACUGGGAGGAUCCCCUGAUUGGGAAAAUCAUCGCUGAAGCGGAGCCAAGACAUGUAUUUGGCAUCAAAACUCUCCCAAAGCUACCGAUGUGGGGGGCAAACAGAAUUGUUUUGGUUGGGGACUCAGCCCAUGCCAUGUCACCUAUCACGGGGCAAGGGGCGUCGCAGAGUCUGGAAGACGCGCAAACCCUCGCCUUGCUUCUAAUGAAUAUGGUUCGGAAAUUUCAUGCUGAUGAAGCGAAUAGCGAUUCAUUGUCAACUACCAUUGAGCGAACUUUGGCAACAUACUAUGAUAUGCGUCACAGACGAGUUGAGAGAAUUGCUGCUGUGGGUAGCGCUCUUGACAAACGCAUGCUCAAAACGCAGCCUUUAGCAGAGUAUAUCAGAUACGCUCUGUUUCAGGCAAUCAAUAGCUUCCCAAAUAUAAGUGAGUGA